AUGGAUUUGUCAUCGUCACGGAUUUUAACUGCAUCUUCAAUAACCAAUACUCCAGCUGGUGCGAUCAUAAUUCCUGCUGUUAAAAACGCUUCGACUUUAAACAAGAAUUCCUUGAAUCCGAUUCGCAUUGGCGAUGCAGCCUUACAAAAAAUGCGAACGAUUACGACAACACCACCAGUACAAUCAACAAUGAAUGAUUCUUCUGAUCAACAACCAGCUGUUUUUAUCAUGAAUAAUCUCAAAACUGAACCUCAAAGUCAACAACCACAGCGAACCAUAACGGUGAAUCGUCUUUUAUUUUCCAAUAACAACAAUAAUAAUGUUACGACAACGACAACUGUUCCAACAUCAGCAACAAUCAUCAAUGGACAAAAUGCAAUCAAUUUAGCCACACUGGUGAAUAGUUUGAAUACAUUAAAUCAAAUGGCAUUAUUACAAUCGACAAAUAAUUCAACACAGAACAGCAUUGCUAAACUUCUUGAAACACCAAUCUUAUCAACAAAUAACGUCGUUCAACAACCACAAGCGACGCUAGUUCCAGCUGUCACUCACCACGUUUCAUCGUCAGCAAAUAAAGAAAAUGAAAAUACUCCUCCACCAUCACGAAUCUCAACGAUUCGUUCAACACCUACUCUACCAACCUCGAUUCAAUCUCCAACAACUACUGCAGCAACAUCCAACAAUGGGUCGCCCCAAAACGAGGCUUUCUUUGCUAAAACCAAAGUACUCGUUGAACUGUUAACAUCACCAUGUACAGAACCACCAUCAUGCUUUGGUUCCUCAUUAAUCGAACCUCAAACACAAACUCCCUAUUCAGAUGCAACGCGCACACGAUCAAAGAAACGGAUCAAUCGUGUUAAAAGACCAAUGAAUGCUUUUAUGGUAUUUUCUCAAUUAGAACGUCGAAAAAUCGUCCAAUUAGCACCUGACAUGCACAACGCGGAAAUAUCAAAAUAUUUAGGUGCACGGUGGAAACGUUUAUCAGAAAUCGAACGACGUCCGUUCAUUGAUGAAGCUGAACGAUUGAAAAUGCUUCAUUUACGCGAAUAUCCUGAUUAUAAAUAUAAACCACGUAAACGUGCGAAGAAAGGUUCGUCUCCACCAUCGAAUACGUCUCUUCCACAUGGAUCGUCCCCGAUGGAUACCACAGAUACAUCGUCUGAUGAUUGUCCAUCGAAAACGUCUGCUUUAACUGGAAUGAAUCGGUUAGAAGAGAACCUGUCAACAUCAAUUGAAAACGAUUUUGACGAAAAUUCCUCGUCAGCAUUGCUUUCCAACACAUUAGCGUCAUUGAUUGAUCCGAAAUUAGGCAUAUUUGCCAAUAAUACAAAUUUUGAUGAUCCAUCACUUUUCUCGUCAUCUCAAACAGGUGCAACAGGUGCGUCAUCAUCGUCAUCGCAACAAAUCGAUCCACUUCUUCUCGACGCACUUGCAUCUGCUGAUCCUCAAACGCAAGAAGCGUUUUUUAAUCAAUUACAAAUGCUUGGUGAUUUUAAAUUAUGGGCUGACUUGGAUUUGUCAAAUAGUGAUCCAACCCUAUGA